AUGAAGCAAAAGGACAUCAGGCCGGCGCCCUCGCUAAUCGAGUACAAGAGCAUGCGCUUCCUCAUCACCGACCGCCCAUCGGACGUCACCAUCCAGUCCUAUCUACAGGAGCUUCGCAAGCACAACGUGUGCACGGUGGUGCGCGUCUGCGAGCCGAGCUACGACACGGCGCCGCUGCGCGCGGAGGGCAUCGAGGUGCGCGACCUCGCCUACGACGACGGCACCUUCCCACCGGCGAACGUCGUCGACGACUGGUUCGAGAUACUGCGCGAGAAGGCGCAGAACAAGCCGGAGGCGGCGGUGGCGGUGCACUGCGUUGCUGGGCUGGGACGGGCGCCCGUCAUGGUCGCCAUUGCUCUCAUCGAGCUCGGCAUGAAGUACGAGGAGGCAGUCGAGACGAUACGCGAUCAAAGACGCGGCGCCAUCAACGCGAAGCAGCUCUCCUACUUGGAGAAGUACCGGCCAAAGUCGCGCCUGAAGAAGAACGGCCACAAGAACUCGUGCUGCGUGCAA